GUUUACGCUUGUAUGAUGGUCUUCUUCCUGAGCAACAUGAUUGAGAACCAGUGCAUGUCGACAGGUGCAUUUGAGAUAACAUUGAAUGAUGUUCCAGUGUGGUCUAAGCUGGAGUCUGGCCACCUUCCUUCCAUGCAGCAGCUUGUACAAAUCCUCGAUAACGAAAUGAAGCUCAAUGUGCACAUGGAGUCAAUGCCUCAUCAUCGAUCAUAGCCCCAUCGAUCAGCACUGAAACUUCUUGCAUUCCGUGGUGGUUUCUGAGGGCCGCGCGGCGCAGACCCAUGAAGGCCGGCGCUGAAGACAGCGCGCUGUUGGCGCAGGCUGGAUGCUCCUCUGGCGGCCGUGUCGCGCCUCCUGAGAAAAGACGCAAUGGAAGAGCCGUUUCAGUGCUGGCCUGGUCCAGAUACUGCACAGCCAUGGAGUGCAAUAAUACUGUAUAGUUUUUUUAAGAUUUCAUUCGACCAGUUCAUAGCUCAACAAUGCAGGCAUUACUAAUUGUAACUUAUUUUAUAUUCAUGUUUCACACAAUAGCAGGUUGAGUUGAUACCUAAUUUUUCCUCGGGAAAAAAGUUUGUUUAAUCUGUUGUAUUUUAUAUGAAUUUAUGUUCUUUUUGUAGUUUAAAAUGAAGCUAUAGGAGUGUCUGAUACUGUCCAAAACUGUUGAGUAAUUGACAGCUGUCUAUCAAAUCCCUCUAAGGUGGUUAAAGCAGGUUUGUAUAUUUUUCAAAAUAUAUGGCAGAGUUGAACAGUGCAUUAUAUACUAAAUUAUGUAAACAAAAUUAUAUGCAGGGUAGUUACAUAACUUUGUGACUUCGGUAAAAAUUAAGAUCAGCUGCUCUCUAAAUCAUGCUGGCCAGCUCGAGAGGAUUUUCCUUGACCGUUGUGAAGAGAUGAAGAGCUGGGCCUUUCUACUGUCCUAAUAGAAACCAAAAAAGUUAAUUUAAAUAAAGAGUUCUCAUUUA